CUCAGUUGAAAACACGUUACGCGCCUGUGCAGAGCGUUUUUGCGCUAUCCAAACGUUUCCGAUCCGAUCCAAUCCGAUCCGAUCCCAAGCAAUCAGAUUCGAAAGUUUUACGCCGCGUGCAGCAACAGCAAUAGCAACGGAAAAACAACAACAGAAACAACAACAACAACAACAACAACAAGAUUAACCAUAACAAUUCCGACCGUUAGAGUGAACGACGGAAACGGAAAGUAAAAGCCCCGAUCGCGACCAGAAUCCAAGGCAGACCGAAAUGGCCGAGACAGUCAACAACAACAAGCCGAGCAUACAGAUCCGGAGCGGACUGCCCUCCCCGCUGCCGGACAAGAGCCCCUCGCCGGCCACCAAGCUGCUGAUCAGCCACGGCAAGCCCAACUUCACCAUUCCCAAGUCCCCGAAGGCGGAUGAGAACGGUAAUGGAAACGGAAACCCACUGGCCAGCGCCAACAACAACUACAAUGCCUACAAGAGCGCCAACAGCAAUGCGGUGGUGGCCAACAGCCAGAAGUUCAUAGUGGGCACCAAGUUCAAUGGAGUCUUCAAGCCCUCGAAUGCGGCGGCCACAUGGGUCUCCAAUGCCAAUGGUAAUGGUAACUCAGAGGCUGAGAACGAGGCAGCCAAGGUGGUGCUGCGCCGUCCCAAACUGGCCGAUUCACCACCACCCGCCGGCGAGGAUGCCAAUGUACCGGAGUUCAUCAGGCGCCAGCGUCGCAUCCAGGAGCGACUGGCCAAGGAGAACGUGCUGGACUUCGAGAGCCGCCGCAGCGGGUACUUCACGCACGUCAUGAUCUCGCCGGACUCGCCCAACCGCACCUCGUUCGUGGAGACCAUGGCCAGUCCGGCCAUAGUGCCCGCCCUCGAGAUUCCCGCCCCGGUGGCCGAGAAGCAGGAGGAGGAGGUGGAGCCCCAGGUGGUCACCUCUGCACUCGUUACUGAGCCCGAACAGCAGCUUGGAGGAGUCAGCAAUGGUCACAGCCAGGAGGAGGAGGAGCCUAUUACCAAUGGUCAUGGCGAGAAGCAUAACUCUGAGGUGGCUCCUGAGGAGGUGGCCCAGGCCAUUGAGCAGGUCAACCAGGCGGUGGCCGGCGAGGAGGAGGCGGAGCCAGAAGUGGAAGCUGCCCCAGUGGCCACUGAGAGGAAGGCAGAGGAGUCGGAGUCCACUCCCGCCCCCGCUCCCGUGGAGGCCAAGGUGGAGGUGGUGGAACCAGCUACCCCGCAGCAGAAUGGAGAGGCAGCUACUCCAGAGACAAAUGGCCACAAGGAGGAUGAGCAAGCCAUCACCAUUUCGCACACCAAUGGGCAGAGCAGCGGCAGCGCUCCCAGCAUACCCACUCCGGAUCCCAGUGGCGCCUUGGGCGUGAACUUCGAGCCCAAGACGGUGGUCAGCUUCUCGCAGGAGCUGGGUGGCGGGGUGAACCACUACCCGGACACCGUGAAGGUGGUCAGCGAGGUGCCCGCCGACUCCGAGUCCAAGUCCCAGGCAGAGCUCAAGGAGCUGACCAAGCUGAAGUUCGACAUCAAGAGCGACGAGCAGAACGAGGUCCAGGUGACGCCCGUCCUGCGAGCGGACUAGAGGAUCGCCUCACUCAGGAGGAUCAGGAGUAGUGCAAUUUGUUUGUUAAACAAGAAAAAAACCAUCAACUAUUGUAUUGUAUUUUGUGUUAGCUGCUAAGUUGAUUACGAGAAAUGUUGCCAAAUUUAAUUUUAUGCUUCCCGCAUCAGUCAGUAUCGAGAGUGGAGUGAAAUGGAGACUUGGAGUGGAGUGGAGUGGAGUGCCCAAACGCGUUGAGGCCCUUGCUAAACCAAACUACGUUUAUUGCAAUAGACACCAUUUGCUUUAUUUAAAUAAAUUAUUAUUAUUGAG